GUUGUGCGAAUUUCGGGGCUUGUUAAAACCACAUCCGACGAGGAAAAGAUCCCGUUACGCAUUUUGUUUAUCGACGGUUUACCGGCUAUCGGAGUGAAAGAAGUUUUUCAAGUUCUACGCACACACACACACGCUCGUACGUAAGAACACGCCACAGAUGCAGCUGGGGAUGGGCUGCAGCAGAGGAAUUCCGCCGUGUUGGCAUGUGUAAAGGGCUUCUUACUGUCGAUUCUCGUGCGUUCCAGCUAACACAACACCCCCAGGGAGUCACUGUUGUCACCAGGAACUCGUGAAACUAGCAGGUAGUCACAGCUUCGAGAAUGCGUCGCAAUCUACGAGUGCUGCUGAAGUACGCGCUUGUAUCGAGCGCGAUUCUACUGUUCAUCACGCUCCUACUCCGGUCCUUCAGUGAGAACUCGCAAAGCAACUUCCUGUUCGCACCAGAAUCACUGGUAAAACAACGACACGAGCACCAGCAGGCGCAACAUGCAAAGGAAGGAUCGUUCUUCAACGAGCCGGCCAAGAACGUACACGGGAAGCAGAUCGAUUGGCACAACUAUGAACAGAUCCAUCAGGAGGCAAAGCGAACGGGCAUCGGUGAGCAGGGUAAGGCCGGUCGGCUGAACGAGAAAGAGGCCGAGAUGAAGGACAAACUUUUCAAGAAGAACGGCUUCAACGCCGUGCUCAGCGACUUGAUUUCGCUCAAUCGCUCUUUACCCGACAUUCGGCAUCGAGGGUGCCGGAAGAAGAAGUAUCUGAGCGAACUACCGACUGUCAGCGUGGUCGUGCCGUUCUACAACGAACACUGGAGCACCCUGCUGCGGACGGCCUCUAGUGUACUGCUGCGUUCUCCGCCGGAACUUAUCGCAGAGGUAAUCCUGGUGGAUGACUGUAGCACGAAGGACUUCCUUAAGGGCCAGCUCGAGCUGUACGUGGGCGAGAAUAUGCCGAAAGUGAAGAUAGUACGUCUGCCAGAACGUUCCGGGUUGAUAGCGGCACGGCUUGCCGGUGCAAAGGUGGCCACCGCGGAUGUACUGAUCUUUCUUGAUUCGCACACGGAAGCGAAUGUGAACUGGCUACCACCGCUGCUCGAUCCGAUUGCCGCCGAUUACCGGACUUGCGUCUGUCCUUUCAUCGAUGUGAUCGACUGGGAUACGUUCGAGUAUCGGGCACAGGACGAAGGCGCACGUGGUGCAUUCGAUUGGAAGUUCUUCUACAAACGCUUGCCGCUUCUACCGAAGGAUUUAGCGAAUCCAACAGAACCGUUUGAAAGCCCCGUCAUGGCCGGUGGUCUGUUCGCGAUCAGUGCCAAGUUUUUCUGGGAAAUCGGUGGCUACGACGAGGGACUGGACAUAUGGGGCGGUGAGCAGUAUGAGCUGAGCUUCAAGAUAUGGCAAUGCGGCGGCAAGAUGUACGAUGCACCCUGUUCGCGCGUUGGACACAUAUAUCGUGGGUAUGCUCCGUUCGGGAAUCCGCGGAAGAAGGAUUUCCUCACGCGGAACUACAAACGCGUGGCCGAGGUAUGGAUGGACGAGUACAAGGAGUAUCUGUACAUGCGGGAUCGCAAGAAGUACGACAACACGGACGUUGGCGACAUUUCGAAGCAGCUAGCCAUCCGGGAGAAGCUGCAGUGCAAACCAUUCAAGUGGUUCAUGACGCACGUAGCGUUCGAUUUGAUGGAAAAGUACCCACCGAUAGAGCCGCCGGAUUUUGCGAACGGUGCUAUCCAGAGCGCGGCCAGACCGGCGCUAUGCGUCGACACGUUGAACCAUGGCGAGAAGCAAACGAUUGGUCUGUACUCUUGUGCGGAGGAUAAGCGGCAACCGCAACCGAACCAGUUCUUCCAGCUUUCCUGGCACCGGGACUUGCGGAUCAAAUUUGGUGAGCUGUGCUGGGACGUGUCGGAGAGUGUUCCUAACGCAAAAAUCCUCCUGUAUCACUGUCACGGUGGCCAGGGUAAUCAGCUUUGGCGAUACGAUCCCGAUAGCCAGAUGCUGAAGCAGGGCAAAAACAAUCGCUGUCUCGAUAUGGAUCCGAGCCUCGGCGACGGGCGUCAGGUGUUUGUGAAUCCGUGCAAUCUUACGAAUCCCCAUCAGAGGUGGCACUGGGGUUUCGUCAAUGCAACCUCCAUCAAACAGUGGGAAACGUAUGGUGCCAAGAUGAUUGACUGAAGGCAAGCGCAAUCGAAGUAAGCAAAGGCCGGUUGAACGACUUUGUGAUGUUUCGUGCGUACGCGCGGUUGCGACUGGCGGUUACCGACAAUAACAUUUUGCUCAAAAUUAAACGAAGAAACGAUUCCAUUCGGAACGGGUGCCAUCGCUGGAUCAAUAUGUUUCAUUAUUGCAAUAACUCGACCAUUCGCUCGACUCGCCUGCUUAGGUAU